AUGGCGCAAAGACGCAAAGUACCAGAAGGAGAAUUAUGUGCUGUUUGUUGUGAUAAAGCUACUGGUUAUCAUUAUGGAGUAGCAUCAUGUAAUGGAUGCAAAACAUUUUUUCGUCGAACAAUUGUUUCUGAACAUGUAUUUGUUUGCCAAUACAAUGGAAAUUGUGAUAUAAACAAAAAUGUAAGAUGUGCUUGUCGUCAUUGUCGUUUCAACAAGUGCCUAGCUGUCGGCAUGGAUUCUAAUGCCAUACAAAAUGACAGAGACAGAAUAGGACCAACAAAAAAACUUAAGCUAAGCAAAAAUGAAAGUACUGAUGAAGACAAUCCCGAUUCAUCGCCUGGCAACGAAAAUAGUGAGGCAGAAAGAAUAAUGAGAGAUCUUAAUGGCAUUGAAGACCUAUGUAAUAUUCUUCGCACAAAAGUUUUUCCAGAACAUAACACAGCAAGAGAAACAUUAAAAGCACCUAGUUUGGUUUACCAAGCUUCAUCACUUUUAACAGAUCAAUAUACAAAAUACAAAGACCAUUACCCUGCUUCUAUGAAUGAUGUUCAAAUGUGGAAUAUAAGAGAACUAAGAUUAUGUUUAGAAUGGGUAAAAACAUUUCCUGAGUUUACUGCUUUACAUAUAGAUGACCAGUUCUCAUUGGUACAUAAUUUUGCUUUUGCAUUUAAUAUUUUAAAUCGCGUUUAUUAUUCACGCGAUAGUGGACCUGAUAAAAUUGAAUAUCCUAAUGGGGCAUAUAUUUUAAGACAACCACAAGAACAAGUUAGAAUUCCAGGAUGUCGUUCAAUUUACCAUAGACAAAUGGAUGAAAUUAUGAUACCUUUUCGCAAAUUAAUUAUUACUAAACCCGAAUUUGCUGCUUUCAAGACAAUUUUAUUAUUUAAUCCAGACGCUUCUGAUAUCUCAGUUCAUGCUAAGUUGUCCGUUGAGGUAGCAAGAGAAAAAUUUGUUCAAGCAUUAUUUGCUCAUAUGAUUAACAAAUUUGGAAUCAAUGGUGGUGGAAUGAGAUUCGGGAAGUUGUUAUUAAUGACUUCUUCAAUUCAGCAAAUAAUUGCGCAAAAUGAUGAGAAUAUGCAGGUUAUGGAAGUUUUUGGUCAUUUCUGGAGAAUUGAUCAAUUUGUAAAGGAGCUUUGCAUGAAAAAUUACAAUGAACGCCACCAAAACGAUGAACAAAAAGAAGAGGAGUAA